AGGAGCUGGAUGUAAGGUUCCCUAGAAUUGCUUAAUGUUCUCAGUGAUAUUAGUGGAGAUAGUUUUCUGUGCCACCUACAGUCAACAGAGCACCACCAUGAUGGGGAGGACCUUGCUGGGGGUCUUGUGUCUCUCAGGCUGGAACAUCUCCUCAUGCCUUUCUCUUCAGUACCACUACGUAGCAGAUCCUAAGAACUGGACUGAAGCUCAGACCUACUGCAGAGAGAAGUACACAGACCUGGCCACUGUUGAAACCCCAGAAGAAAUGAAACAACUGAACAAGACUGUUUUAUCUUCUGGCAUUAACUUAGAGGUCUGGAUCGGUGUGUACAGAAAACUCUGGAAGUGGCCAGACAACUACACAAACAGUGGAGCUGAAUAUAGGAACUGGAGAAAUAAUAAUCGGAUUAUUAAUUACGAUUUUAAAUGCUACGUCCUUUUUCACAAUGGGGAAUGGUAUGGACAUGACUGCAUUAAUGCUGAAUCAUUCAUUUGCUACAGAGGCAAGGAUAAUGCAAGAUAUAGCUCUAUAAAGUUAUUUAAAGUUUUUUGUGGAAAAUAUUAUUCUCUUUUUUUACUCUCUCUAACUGCAGGAUCACAACAGAAUCCUGAAUUUGUUUAUGUCAGUGUUAAAAAGAAUUGGUCCAGUGCUCAGAGGUUCUGCAGGGAGAACUUCAUAGAUCUUGCCACUGUGAAGAACCACAGUGAGAACCAGAACAUCCAGAGCUUGGUUCCUGAAUACACUUAUUCAUGGAUUGGAUUGUACUGGGAUCCUGACACUUACUGGUCUGAUGGGAGUGGCUCAUCGUUCAGGUGGUUCAGUUAUGGAUAUGGAUACACAUUACACCCCAUGAGUGAAGUAUGUGGAGCAGCAGAUUUGGAGAAUUCAGGAAGAUGGUGGUUAUUAAACUGUGAAACUAAAUGUCCAUUUGUGUGCUACAGCGUCCGUUCAUCUGGUGAGUGAAACUGACCUUCAGUGGAGGAGUGAGAUUUAAGCAUUUCAUGAGAAUAACCAAUUCAAUUAAUUAAACUGUACUGACAUGUCCAAUAUGUAAGAUAUUUACUGAAUUAAAUUAAAAAGUGACCUUGUUAUAUUUUCAUACAUUAAGGAAACAUGUUAUGUUGAAGUGCUGUCCUCCUUCUAACUUUAGAUUCUGGUCCUGACUGAUCUGGAUUUGUAUGGACCAGAGAAGUAGGCAGUUUUCAGGCACCCCCACACGGCCGUUUUGCCACUCACCCCACAGUUAGCAGGCAAAGAGCAAACCAACAGGUUCAGAUAGAAGUGAUUGUACCCGACCUAAAAAGCCUCUGCAUGUUUCUAAUAAGCUCCAAGAGCAGAAACGUGCUCAAACUAGGAUCAAUAUUGGAGAUGCUUUUGAAAAAUGGAGAGAGGUUAGAACACAGAAAGGUUUACAGACCGAUGCAGAGCUGGAUAAACACUGAAGCUACAGUGUCCACCACAUGGUGACCUGCGU